AUGGGCUCGCUUAAAGACAACUUAGACCUGCUAGGCCUUAUUUACAAGAACUUUUUACAGUUGCGCAAUAUCCAUCCUAUUGCAAUUGAUCGUUCCGACAGCCAGAUAUCGAUUAUUGCGUCCGAGGGCAAAUCGAUCGUAUCUCGGAGCAACGAUAUCUACACUAUUGAGAAUCUCAGACAGGACACAGACGGAACUCAAAUAACGUACACCGCUUCACUGAAAUGGCCCCAAGAUGCUACCAUUAGUUAUCCGACCGAAAUUGACGAUAUCGAUUCCCGUCUAGUAGAUCGCCUACUCGCGAUGGUGACAGAUAAAUUUGGGCUAUUUUUCCCAAAGGAGUUGAAACCCCCCACGCAGUCCGAUACUGAUAACCAAAGACAUAUUUCGCAGCUGCAGGAGCCGGUAGCAGGUAACCCUGAGGAUACAUCCAACCAAGCAACGCAAAAUUACACUCCUACCCCUUCGUAUACAUCGCCCGCUCCAAGACCGCUCCCUGCCGCUCUGGCACCUCCGCCAUUUGAGGACGAACACCAAAUCCAGUCCAGCCGGUCCCAGCCACUUCCAUCAGCAGACGCACAAGCAGGUGUCAACGAUCUUUAUCCAGGCGGUAUGAAAGAUCCCCCUUUCAAACCAUAUUUGGAUCCUCUUGCAGUAAAUCCUACAAAGGGAGGAGGUAUGCAUCCAACUUCCUCUGAUCCGCUAUUUAAUCGGAAUUUGGGAGGAUCAACUUCAGGAAUAAGAUACGAUGAUCCGUUGCUGGGGCCUGACGAGGACCCCGAACUUUUGGGGGCUGGACUUCCAGGACAUAUGGGGCUGCCCGGACAAGGAGGUUUCAGACGCCCUCCAGGUCCGCCAGGUCCGCCAGGUUCAUUUGGUUCUUCUGGAGGCUUUGGAGGACUUGGUCGAUUUAUAUAG